AUGAACUCGUGGGACGCGGGCCUGGCGGGGCUGCUGGUGGGCACGAUGGGCGUCUCGCUGCUGUCCAACGCGCUGGUGCUGCUGUGCCUCCUGCACAGCGCCGACAUCCGCCGCCAGGCGCCGGCGCUCUUCACCCUCAACCUCACGUGCGGCAACCUGCUGUGCACCGUGCUCAACAUGCCGCUCACGCUGGCCGGCGUCGUGGCGCAGCGGCAGCCCGCCGGGGACCGCCUGUGCCGCCUGGCCGCCUUCCUCGACACCUUCCUGGCCACCAACUCCAUGCUCAGCAUGGCCGCGCUCAGCAUCGACCGCUGGGUGGCCGUGGUCUUCCCGCUGAGCUACCGCGCCAAGAUGCGCCUCCGCGACGCCGCGCUCAUGGUGGCCUACACGUGGCUGCACGCGCUCGCCUUCCCCGCCGCCGCGCUCGCCCUGUCCUGGCUCGGCUUCCACCAGCUGUACGCGUCGUGCACGCUGUGCAGCCGGCGGCCGGACGAGCGCCUGCGCUUCGCCGUCUUCACGGGCGCCUUCCACGCGCUCAGCUUCCUGCUGUCCUUCGUCGUGCUCUGCUGCACGUACCUCAAGGUGCUCAAGGUGGCUCGCUUCCACUGCAAGCGCAUCGACGUGAUCACCAUGCAGACGCUCGUGCUGCUCGUCGACAUCCACCCCAGUGUGCGGGAACGCUGCCUGGAGGAGCAGAGAAGGAGGCGGCAGCGCGCCACCAGGAAGAUCAGCACCUUCAUAGGGACCUUCCUCAUAUGCUUCGCGCCCUACGUGAUCACCAGGCUGGUGGAGCUGUCCUCCUCGGUGCCCAUUGGCUCCCACUGGGGGGUGCUGUCCAAGUGCUUGGCCUACAGCAAGGCCGCGUCUGACCCCUUCGUGUACUCCUUACUGCGACACCAGUACCGCAAAAGCUGCAAAGAGAUUCUGAACAGGAUCCUCCACAGGCGCUCCCUCCACUCCUCGGGCCUCACGGGCGACUCCCACAGCCAGAACAUUCUGCCGGUCUCUGAGUGAAGGACGCCGCUCUUGCUGGAGACUGAGGAAUGAGACAGUUG